GCGUUAGUCGACGUUGGUACGUCGUUUUUGCGUGUAGUCAGGUGGACUUUUCCGCACAUGAAUAUUAAAUGUACGACAUAUUUCGAUUCUGUGCUACGUUCUGUGGUACUUUCGAGUGCUUUUAAUCGCAGUACUACCACUGUGGAGUAAUUUGUGACAACUUGUGCCAGUGUGAAUGCAAGAGUGUGUAAAAUUGGGAAAUCUGGAAGCUUCACCAGAACCGCGGGAAUCCCAUGGGAGCGUCAGAAGUACGCGCUUGAUAGCAUUCGUCUUGGUACUUUCCACCCAGUGAUGAAGUGUUUAGUGCAAUCGUGUGAAUUUAUUGUUGGGCUUUAGUACGACACAGUGAAACCGUGGGGGAGUAUCCAUUGUCAAGGAGCAAAGAAUAGUUCAAUCGAGCAAAAUAAAAGCCACACGCCUCCGCAGUGAAUUGAUGCGCCUUUCGUUGCGCCAACUCUAACCGUACUACAUGUGAAGCGUGUUGGGCGUGUACGUGUGUUUAUCAGUUUCCAGUUCAUUAGCCACGUAAAAAGGGGGAAAUUUCACGGAAUUAGCGGAGUGCCCCACUCGUUCUGGUUAUUAUCAGGUAGAGCGUGAUAGUGUAACCGAUUGCUCGGGUAUAAUUUGUCACAUGGGAGUUGCUCGUUGCUUGCGACCUGUGCUGAUAAAUCCGCAAGGUGCGUUGACAGUUUUGCGGUUGUUCUAAGGUGUGAAGCCAUAGGGUUGCACCGGUGGUGGUGGCUGUAGACAUCGGUGCGUUCAUUAGUGCAGUAGAAGUGUGUGCAACCGUGUGACUGACUCGUGGUUAGUGGUGCAUGCUGGUUUGGAGCCGCGUGCAAAAGCGAUCUACUGAAUGGCACCGACUAUUAAUCCAGCGACGCAUCCCAUCAAAAUGUUGCACUUUGGCAAUAACAACAACUCCCGUGCCAGUUCAAUGCGACGUCCGGAUACUACCGCGUCUGGUUCGUCCAUGUACACAUCAGCCGAGGAUGAGACGAACGGCGAAGCAUCGACCUGUGGCCGUAUCCUGAUAUUUCUGUCCUGGGUGCUCGUCGUCCUUACGAUGCCGUUCAGCCUGCUCGUCUGCUUCAAGGUCGUGCAGGAAUACGAGCGUGCCGUAAUAUUCCGAUUAGGUCGUCUGAUGCAAGGUGGCGCCAAAGGACCAGGUAUCUUCUUCAUACUGCCAUGCAUCGAUGCCUACGCACGUGUAGAUCUGCGAACGCGAACGUACGACGUACCACCGCAGGAGGUUUUGACGAAGGACAGCGUCACCGUGUCGGUGGAUGCUGUGGUGUACUAUCGUGUAUCAAAUGCCACUGUUUCGAUUGCGAAUGUCGAGAACGCGCAUCACUCGACCCGGCUGCUGGCACAAACCACGCUUCGCAACACGAUGGGCACACGGCAUCUGCACGAAAUCCUCAGCGAACGAAUGACAAUCUCUGGCAGUAUGCAGCUCUCGCUGGACGAAGCGACCGAAGCCUGGGGCAUCAAGGUGGAGCGCGUUGAGAUUAAGGAUGUACGCCUACCGGUUCAGCUGCAACGUGCGAUGGCUGCUGAAGCCGAGGCUGCCCGAGAGGCCCGUGCCAAGGUGAUUGCAGCCGAGGGUGAGCAGAAGGCUUCACGAGCACUGCGGGAAGCGUCGGAGGUGAUCGGAGACUCACCGGCCGCCCUGCAGCUACGCUACCUCCAGACACUGAACACCAUCUCGGCGGAGAAGAACUCAACCAUCGUGUUCCCGCUACCGAUCGAUAUACUGACGUACUUCAUGAAGUCCAAGGAAGCGUUUGUGCCGAACGCGUAAACCGGUGCCCGGUUCCAUCCCUUCUUGCCUUUGAGUAUUCUGUCACACACAGCCACUACAGUCGGCAGCAUUAUAUAGUAUUGACGCGCUUGGCUUUUGUUUUGAGUCUCAUUCAUUGAAUCAAUCACAGCUGCAGCAAACAAUGUAACAAAUAGCCUUAUUUUUUUCACAAAAGGACGCUGCUGCCUUCAACGCUUCUAAUACAAUCUCCCAGAAUUAACAAAAAUAUCGUUCUCUCCUUUUCAAUCAACCGUACAUGACUUACGCCCAAAAUAGUAGGAAAUCUAUCAAUGGCAAUGAUAAAUAAAUGCAGAUUCAAGCAUCGGGCCAGCCUUGCCCUUGCUUUCUACUGCAGCGAGACGAAUGAGUAGCCAUCAAACGGUAUGUGAAUAUAAAGAGCAGCAAUAGCUUUGCAGAUUUCGGGCGAACAUGGCGAACGGUUUUGGCAGGACGAUGAAAAACAAAGCCCCAAAACCAUAACCAAAUCGCAAAGCUGGAUGAAAUAACUGUGGAAAGCAGCAAUCGUAAUGAUUGGGAAACAAAAGUCAAACGAAAGCAGACUGCGAAUGGAAGGGAGCGAUCGAAAUGGAACAAUGAUGGUUCUUUUUUUGGUCGUUCCUUGUGUUUCUUUGUUUCCUGUCGGCCGUUUUCGCCACGCUCUGACCCUUAACUCAAUUUCCCUCCAACUUUUGGGGUAACGGGGGAAGCGGGUUGUUUGAAAUUGUCCACCGGCACUCGCAUACCGUGCGUCCUUGGAGUCUUGUUAAAGUUUUUAAUAUAACUUUUGCAAAUUGUUUCCAUUUCCGUUUUCCGCACGCUGUACUGGCGUUUGAGUGUGUUUGCCUUUUCCUACGAUCCUUCGACGAAUCGAACUCGGUUUCCCUGCCGGAUUCGGUAUGUUCCAGUGGCGUUGUACGGGCAUCGAUAAGGCUCCACCAUCAGUCGUCACAGAGGACAGUGUGGAUGUGUGAGUGUAGCUGUGUGUGUGUGCUCAUCCUCCCGGUGGUGGAAUAUUCCGAUGCUAUCGUCCCUUCACUGCGAACCAUUCUGGCCGCACGGCCGGGGCGGAACCCUUCGGGAAGGCUAAGCUUAGGCAAGGGUCUGCUGUUUUGUUUUAACCUUUUUUUCCGUCGAGCAUGGAAAAAAGGUUCAAUCGUUUAACGAGGAAUGGGUGCAAGUUAAGUUGUUGGUAAAAUGGAUGAAUUUUUAAGCAUCCAUUUCCGGUGGGGAAAGCGCCACGUGGAACAGCGCCCCGGACAGUCGGUUCUGUAUAACUUUUUCAUCUAUCAUGCGGCGACCCAUCCGCUAUGAAGGGGAUGUUUAUGAAGAAAGACAUAAAAAGCACCAAAAAGGUAAAGGAUUUAGUCAUUGGUUUAUGUUUUUGCUUUUUUUUUGUUCGGGGUCAGUAGGACAGAUACGGUCUUGCACGGUUGAAAAGGCUUCGGGAUGAGUUUGAUUAGAGAGAGAGAAAAGAGAGAGCUAAACAAAAUAGCGGUGCACUUAAGAGCACUGGACAUGCUUGUGCAGAGUUUGAGUUUGUUUUUGUUAGAACUUCAGCAUAAAUAAGUGUGUUUAUGCACAAACAAUCUGCAAACAUUUCCUUUGGACUCUGCAAAUGAGUCAAUGAGUUCACAAAAGUGAGAAACAGCAUAGCCCAAACACACAUACACACACACACAUAUAGACACACAUACACAAUAUUCUAACAAAGUAGAUAUCAUAUCAUUCAACCAGACGCACCUGAUCAUCUAAUAUUAAGUAUUCGUGAAUGCAAUUGCCAAUGAUUGUUGACUUUUGUUGCGGCAAACACUAACUUAGCAGCCAGUGUGUCACACGUCAUGUAACAAUAUUUACAUAGCAGCACAUUUGAAUUGCACGAACAAGUUGUUGUCUUUUAAUGUGCAUCGAUUGAAGUACACCCUUGCACAGGAAAACGCGUGAUCGGUUGGGUUUGUUUUUAAAUGCCGCCUCAAUGAUUUGGCCUUGGUCACGCCUCUCUCGUACGGUCGUAGCAUUCGGUGCAGCUUUCGGUGGAUCUCAAACCAUACGGUUUAGAUAGAUAGAAGGUAAUUCACUUCGGUCGCUGUUUAACAAGCUUUCCCGAUGCCAAUGGCACGUCAAAAGAGAAAUGUUUAGUUCGCUACUUCAAUCACACAGCAGCACGAUCGUUCGAGCAGUCGAUCGACAGAAGCGGUGGCUGCAUCGAAACAAACAAACAAACAACAACACGGUGUCAAACUGUAUAAUGCAAAUAAUGACCAAUAAAUCAAAAAGAAACAAAACUCGUUGAAAGUGAUAUAAGCUUUAAGAGGAAGUUGUACUUGAACGGAAGCAAUGAACAAACCAGCUUAGAUAAUGCAAUCAUUGUUAAUAAUGAAUCAAUAAAGAGUGUACUGCACGUAAGGACGCAUCCGGAAACAGAGAUUAACAAAAAGAAAAGAAAAAAAAGAAGGUUACACCAAACUACCAAUCAACAGAUCUCUGCUAAAAGCAGAAGGUAUACAGAUUCGUUCGUUGAAAUUGAAUUUAUUUGGUGAGAUACAAAGCACAACCCGAUACACGAUACAAUAAAUGCACAUCAAUUUCGUUACUCAUUGCAUCACAACAGCAAACGUGUGAACCAUCCACGACGUUUGGUAAUUUUUUUUCCGCUCUAGCAGUGUGUGCGUGUGUGUUACAAUAAAACGAACGGCAAGUGUGCGAAGCGAAUGUGCAAAUUUUUAUCUAUCAGUGUUGUCAUGUAUUGCCGUAUUCAACGAACCAAAGACACAAAUUCUAUUUGACAUACUAAGACGUUUAAUUCGAGUGUAAAAGAGAGUACUACUUACAAUGAUAGUAUAACGAGCCACUUUACCACGUUAGUUAUUUGAUUAUAUUAAUGUUAACAAGUGCCACACCAGCACACAACUACACAACCACACAUAAACACGAGCAAGAGGGAGUACAACAGUAACAACCAAAACAACCAACCAACCAAUCGAAACAGUAGACCUAGAGCGAUAGAGUUUAUAAGAGAAUGUUUUGACUUAACGGAUCACUUUCAACUCGAUGUUCUAAAUAUUUCACUAUUGCUGUGUUCAAUACAGCUUCAAGAAAACUCUGUCCAAAAGCUGCUCCCGCUGCCACGAACGAGCGAAUCUUACACGGGGAAAAAAGUGUAUUAGACGGGGAAACGUAAAAAUCAAAAACGGAAUUUACUCUAGACUUUGUGUCCUGGGGCAGGGACCGGAACGGUUGGGCAGGGCGGAUGUAGAAGCGUAUCUAGUUAAGAGACUCACUCACACGAACACACACACAUACACCAUCACACACCAUUACACAAACUCUUGUCAAGGACGGUUUAGUUGUCCCGCGCAUCACGAAUAUAUGCGAUCAAGAUCUUCAUCAUCAUCGUGACCAUUACGACGAUUGUCUAUUUUUCUCACGUUACUUACAUUUUCAUGAUCCACUCGGAAUGUUUAAUGGUUGAUGGACAACAGAUAAAAUCAAAGUAUAUUAUGCAAAAAGGUGCAAAGAUAUUACACAGAGGAUUACACAUACAGAAAACAGAAAAGUAUAUAGAUAUAUAUUAACGACGUUGAGCGAAAGGCAGAGUCUAGCAAGCAAGUGUCAUUGUUAUAAUAGAGAAGAAAGCGCACAAUAGAAAGGAAGUGCAGUGUUAGUUUGUGGAGGCCAAAAUGAAUGAAUGGAAGGAAUGACAGAGGGAAAGAGGGCUGAGUUUUCAAACACUGAAUGGCUGAGCCGUACCAAAACCAAUUACUGAAACAACUGAAAUGUGUGUUCUACACCAAGCGUAAACUUGUACGAAUUCAUCAUACACAGAGCUAAAAACCGGCCGCACAAGGGCGAACACAAACACCCAAUCAUCAAAAACAAUACAUACAAACCUACUGAUUGUGACAAAAGAUCAAAACGAUUCAAAUAAACAAAUUCGUAUGAAACAUUUCGUUUUACAGAAAAAAUGGUACAAAACUGAA